AUGCUGGUAUUUGCUUUCUCCGAUCUCGUCAAAUCGUCCCUAUGGAAGAGUAUCUUUCCCCCGUCCACCAAGCCUCCCUCAGAAGGACCGUGGAGUGGUCUGAAUAUGGCGCAAAUCUUUUUUGUUGUCUACAUUGUGUUUAUCCAUACCCAGAUGUUUGCGUUCACCAUUCGUCUUGGAGUUUCGCUCUUCAACAUCACCAAGCAGACCCGACGGGCCAUCAACAGACGUGCAUUUGAGAAUGAUCCGGAUUCUCCAUUCGUAGCGGACUCUGGAAAUUUUUUUGAUCAGUCUUUGUCCAAAAACCUCAAUGCAACCGAGAUCGAGGUCGGCACACCAGAGCUGAUCAACGCGAUCAUUCUUCCCAACUACUGCGAAGAUCUUCACACGCUCGAGACAACAUUGAAAGUAUUAGCCAGUCACCCUAGGGCAAUGUCGCAAUAUGAUAUCUACCUCGCAAUGGAGCAAAAAGAGAAUGUCGCAAUGGAAAAAGCUGCUCAACUUAUCUCAUCGUUCGAAAAGUCCUUCUUGAACAUCCAAGCCACCUUCCAUCCUUCUGGUAUACAAGGGGAGAUUGCAGGAAAGAGCUCGAAUGUGUCAUUUGCUGCACGAAGGAUCAUCGAGGUCUACCGCACAGCUCUGCAGCUGGAGUCAUGCAAUGUCAUGGUCACUGUUAUGGAUGCUGAUACCCACCUAUCCCGCGACUACUUCACCGAAAUUCGCCGACUACAUUACUCUCACAUCACUGAAGCAGACCGCUCAAUCUACUGCUGCCCCAUAAUCUUCGACCGCAACUCGCACGAAAGCCCAAUCCUCGUCCGAUGCGCAGACCUACUCUGGGGCUUUGCAGGCCUGUCCACAAUGUAUCCAUGCACGGUAAUUGCCAUCCCAACAUCCGUCUACUCCCUCCCACUAUCCCUGGUCGAAAAAGUCGGCGGCUGGGAUAGCGACCCAACAGCAAUCGGCGAAGACCUCCACAUGCUCCUGAAAUGCUACUUCGAAACUGCCGGCAAUUUGAUCUCUCGUGUGGUCUACAUCCCAGCAAGCCAAUGCAAUGUCUCCAGUGAUGCAGGGAUUGGUUGGCGCCGAACAAUCGACACCUGCAUUGCCCGUUACCGCCAGGCAUUGCGACACAUGUGGGGAGCCCUUGAUUCAGGCUUCGCUGCACGACGGUCCGUUGGAUAUCUACGAUUCCACCAGCGCUGUCUAUUCCUCAGACCUCGACAUUUCGCCUUGCUCCAUCUUCUGUGGGAAGCGCAUUUCAUGCCGUGCCAUCUUACAUUGCUCAUGUUCUUCUCUGUCUUCUACACACUGUGGAACCCCGUCUCAUCUCUCCACCCUACACUAGCAUGGGCAUUCUCAUUUACUAAUACCCUGCGCACGCUGGGAUUUGUCGGCAUGAAUGUCUGCCUAGCACUGUAUGAGCGAUGGCAUGCAGUCUGCUUGGACAGUCGAAUGAAGGAUAUGCGCGAGGCUAACCUGCCCGAUACUGGCUUUUCUCGGCGUGUCUGGUAUCAUCCACAGUGUCUCCUUGAGCGAGUUUGCUUCCCUAUCUCGGGUACUUUGUACGGUGCUGUGCCUACUAUCCAUGCUGUGUUCUCGCACUUCUGGACUGAUCGGUUGGUGUACCGUGUUAGCAAGAAGCCAACUUUCAGUGAGGAAUUGGGGGCUUUUUGA